UGAUAAUGUUAUGUAAUGUAUCUGAAAUUAAUAAAUUAAUUCAACAACAAAUAACAUCUGAUUCGAAUAAUUACGGCGAAACAAGGUGACCAAAUCUUUAGAUUCGAACAGUGAUAUUUUUUUUUCGAACAGUUCUUCGAAAGUGAUAUUUUUUUUUAGUAAAAAAAUUUAAGUAAAUAAAAGAAGUGUUUACGUAGAAAAUUGCGAAGUGCACCUAUUUGAAUUACUGAAUGCAGAACAAGGCAUGUUUAUUCCCGAUACACUGAGAAGCUGUAUGGUGGAGCCCGAUGUAUCUUCAUAUCUUCAAACACCUUCUUCAGGCCAGGAUGAAUUUCAUCCAUUUAUCGAAGCCUUAUUACCAUUCGUUAAGUCAUUCUCCUAUACAUGGUUUAAUUUACAAGCCGCCAAGCGAAAAUAUUACAAAAAGCAUGAGAAACGAAUGUCUUUAGAAGAGGAACGUCAAUGUAAAGACGAGUUACAGAAUGAGAAAGCAGAAGUGAAACAGAAAUGGGCGUCUAGACUAUUAGGAAAAUUACGUAAAGACAUAACACAAGAAUGUCGUGAAGACUUUGUACUCAGUAUUACAGGUAAACGAACCGCUAUGUGUGUACUAUCAAAUCCGGACCAAAAAGGGAAAAUGCGACGGAUUGAUUGCCUUCGACAAGCUGAUAAAGUUUGGCGAUUGGAUCUAGUUAUGGUUAUAUUAUUUAAAGCAAUUCCAUUGGAGAGCACGGAUGGUGAACGUUUAGAAAAGAAUCCAGAAUGUUCGCAGCCAGGACUAUGUGUAAAUCCAUACCAUAUAAAUGUAUCUGUACGAGAAUUAGACCUAUACUUAGCAAAUUUUAUUAAUAAUCACGAUGCUUUCAAUUGCCAUAAUAACCGUAAACAGGAUGAUGAUCGUAAACAAAAGAAUAAUUAUAAUCCAUAUAAUGGUGUGAUAUGCAAUGAAAUAAUAUUAGCAACGGGUGUCUUUGGUUCGGCAGAAUUAUGGAAAUUGUCAAAGCCAUCGAUAUUGUAUGAUGUAAAUGAAUCGCAACAAACAAAUUCACAACCGAAUUCAAUAAAAACUGAACAGUCCUCAUAUUAUUGUAACAGUUAUUCAAAUCAAAUUGGUGGCAGUGUACCAGUAUCGAUGAGUGAACCGGAUGAUCGAAGUAUUGUGCCCGUUUCCACAUCGUUAACACAAACUAUGAUUGUACCUAGUGCCUAUUAUCCACUUUGUUCGGUGGAUACAGGACCAUCCCAAGAAAGAUGUGGUUCAUCUCCGCGUACUGAAGAUCUUGACUAUGGUUUGUCACAGAAUACGUCUGUGGUUACAUCAUCUUCCCAUCAUUCGACAAGUCCAAGUGGGGCUGUAUUUUACCAUCAUAGUCCGGGCAACGAAUCACAUCCACACCAUAAUACGGUGAAAUAUCCAGAAAAUGGUCAUGACACAUUAUCUGAUUUUGUUACUUUUGUUUGUCAAGAAGCCGAAAAUAGUUCUCAAAAUUCUCAAAUGAAUAGUCAAUUAUCAAGAAGCCCAAAAUCGCAAUAUUUUCCAAGUGCAAUGCUACCACCUCCGCCAUUGCCGCCAAUGGCUCGGCCGGUUGCUAUAAUUCGUUCCACUGAAGAAUACAACGUAGGUGAUUUAUCGAUGAACACUGCGAGCUCAUCACCGACAUCAGUGACACCAACUGGAAGUGAAACGUCUACACCAAACGAGCAAGUCAUCUUACAAUCGGAAUUAAGUUCUUCUCCACCUCCAGCUUCGCUAAGUCCAAAUGGUGCUGUUUCUGAUCAAGAUAAGAAUUUAAUUGAUUGUAAAUCGCCAACAUCUGGAUCUGCUUUUAAUUCAACAAGCAGAGAUUUUGCCUUCAACCAUUUUCAUUCCCAGCCAGGACAGCUAUUCAGUUACUCGAACAUGAGUACUAUGGGAAGCUUAUCAAACGUAACAAAUCUAAGUGUAUAUUCUUCGUCACGAGGAGUAUCCCGGACCACAGCAAUACCACGAUGGAAUGCCCCACCAUACAUAACAUUAGAAGAAGAUUUCAAUAUUGUUCCGCAUUCAGUUGCACCAAAUACAUCUGAAGCGAAUACAGUCGUACUCAUGGACGAAGAUCGUUUCUUCCAAACUGGCGUUCCAGUACCUGACGCAAUGGAGGUAGAACAACGUCCAACCAAUGUGCCUAGUGAUGUUGAGAAGACGUCCGAGGUCCUAAUUUCCUCUGCCAAUUCGGCAAAUUUACCCACAAUGGGUGAAGCAAAAUCUCCCUAGUUGCCAACAAUUUAUUUACAUAGCAAUUAUUUCAGUCCAUAACCGCAUAACACUCAAAAUAUGAUGUAGUUUAUAAUUAUUAUAUUAAUUAUAGCAUAUUAGUGAACUCAAAAGUCAAAAGUCAAAAGUAUACUUACGUUGAAAAUAUUUAAAAACAAAUUAUAUUAUUACUCAAAAACAAUCCAAAUGAAAUCGAAUACGCCAACAAACUCCAACUUUCUGCAGAGAUAUUCAAAGCAAACAUUUCCCCUCAAAAUAACUACACACGAGUCCCUUUAAGCCGUUGUGUAAUCUAUACCUCGUCUUUUGGACGCAACGAUGGCUUCUGGAGACAUGUUCUGACGCGGCGAUGGCUCCUGGUGACCCACUCCAGAUGAUUUAUGCAUAACGUUUCAUCAUCAAGAUUCUACGUACGGCGUUUUUCGAAACUAUUCACAGUUCUUAAGUUUACUGAUUCUCUUGUUAACCCUAGAAUGGAAUCACGAAACCAAAUAGAAUUUAGCUCCUAAUUUUCUGGUACAUAGUACUAGAGAGGAUUUCUAGUACAGAAGAUUGUCGACCAUGUAUCCACCAGUCAUUUCUAUCUAUAUUUAUUCAGCCAACUCUAUUUCCAUUUCAGAACUUGUAAUUUGCCUAAAUUAACUCGUUAUUUCAUGGGCCCCUGAAGUUUUUCCAUAAAAUUAUGCACUUGAAGUCCCACAAUUGAAUGAUUUUUCCAUCGUUACAGAAGAAAAAAUGAAAAUUUCUCCGCGAUCUCUCAAUUAGAAUUUGGUUUUCUGUCGGAAUUUCCAGAAAGAAUGUAUUUUCAUUACCAAUUUCAAUAACUUUUGAUAGAAGUUAUCAAAACUACGUUUUCAUUCUAGGGUUCAAUAUCUAACACCUUUUGCAUACUUCUAGUAAUUUAUUAGUAAUAUUUCGUAAAAAUUUAGUAUUUAGACAGUUACAAAUAAACUUGAUAGCUAAAAAUCAGAUACUCGAGGAGCAGAGACAGACAGGCUUGCGUUACAACUCUGAUCAUUUCUUCAUUUCUUCGCAAACAUUAUUCCUCUCUCCGCAACGACUCGGUAUAAAAAAAGUGCUCAUUUUCUCCGAUUCUAUUAAUGGAGAUAUUUGGGAAUAUCGCUCGACGAUGUGUGACGAUGAAAGAACGUAAUGUCCGCAGUUCGUUGCCAAUUUCAUUUUAGUUUUUGUCUCAGCUUGUUCGUUUUUUUUUGUAAAUUUUUGAUAAUUUAUAGAGAGUAGGGCUUGACGAUAGGAAAAUGACAGAUUCAAAACGUCAAAAUUUUGCAUAACAUAUAUCAUGACCCUGAUAGAGACAUUUAUUAAACAUGGCAUUAUUGGUAAAUUAAGGGGAAAUCGUUCUGAAUAUCUUUGUAUGCUGCGAUUUAUUUGAAUACCCUAGUCUGAACACCAGUGCCAUUUACAUUAUGGAAAUUUUUACUCCACUAAUGCUCAACCUAAAAGAAAAGCAAUAAA